UGUUGCCAAACAAGACCUUUCAUACUCGAAUUGCCAAUAUACCACCACCAUCAACCCCUUUGCAGAGCAAAUUCAUAACACAAAUCCUCUGUAAAGGUAUAAAAUCCCAAAAAUUUAAUGUCUUUUAGUAAAACCCAGAAACCCAUCAAUGCCAAUUUGGAAGAUAAUCCAUUCGCCCACAGAAACUGUUUGUUAUUUUUCAGUUAUGAAUUUCGGAUUUUUCGGAGUCAGUUCCUUCUUCAAUAUCUUGAAUCAUGUUUUGGCUCUAUAAAUACCCUAGACGUAUUGUUGAACAAUCACAACAAACAUCAAACACCUGAUAGUGCGAGAGUACAGGCAUAUACCAGAAACUUCCGCUCGAAGACGAAGACAAAAUGGGUCGUUCUCGAGGGAAUUUCCGCUCCGACGAGGACCCAACCCAAAGAUCAAGGAGAAAGAAGAAUGCAACCAUUGGAGAAAACUCGGAAUCUGCAUCUGCAGGUCAAGGAUCAAGUGAAGUGAAAAGGGCUUUAUACCACUGCAACUAUUGCAACAAAGAUAUUACAGGGAAGAUCCGCGUAAAGUGUGCUGUCUGCACUGAUUUUGAUCUCUGUGCAGAGUGCUUUUCUGUUGGGGCUGAAGUGACACCUCAUAAAUGCAAUCAUCCUUACAAGAUUAUGGACGAUUUAUCUUUCCCCCUUUUAUGCCCAGAUUGGAGCGCAGAUGAUGAAAUGCUGCUUCUAGAGGGAAUCGAUAUGUAUGGCUUGAACGACUGGGCAGAGGUUGCUGAGCAUGUAGGAACAAAGAGUAAAGAAAGUUGUAGCGAACACUACACAAGUGUUUAUUUGAACUCACCAUACUUUCCUCUUCCAGACAUGUCGCGUGUUGGAAAAACUAGAAAGGAGCUUCUAGAUAUGGCUGAAGGACAUAGUGAGGAUAAUAAAGAUCCUCAAACAGACAGAAAUUUUGGGGGGAAGAAACCAAGCUCUAUGGGGAAUGAUAAUCUAAUAGAGUUGAGUGGUUAUAACCCCAAAAGACAAGAAUUUGAUCCUGAAUAUGACCAUGACGCUGAGCAGUUGCUGGCUGAGAUGGAAUUCAACGACACGGACACAGAAGAAGAGCGGGAGCUGAAGAUACGAGUGCUGCGUGCUUAUUCAAGGAGACUUGAUGAGCGGCAACGUAGAAAGGAUUUCAUAUUGCAAAGGGAUUUGCUGUAUGCAAAUCCUUUUGAGAAGGACUUGUCUCCUGAAGAGAUAGCAAUAUGUCGGAGUUAUGAUCCUUUCAUGCGUUUCCAUUCCAAGGAAGAGCAUGAAGAGCUACUUCGGACUUCUGUUGAACAGCACCGUACUUUGAAAAGGAUCCAAGAACUGAAAGAGGCUAAAGCUGCUGGCUGUCGUACAUCAGCUGAAGCGGACAGAUAUCUUGAACAGAGGAGGAAAAGAGACUCUGCAGAAAGCUCCCGGAGGGCAAAAGAAAGUACCGAGGUUGGAACAGGCGUUCAGGGAGGUCCAAAUGCAUUCAUUGCGUCGGAGUCAGUUGGCAAGGAUUCAAAUUGCAGACCUUCAGGACAGACUUCUUCAAGCCAUCAUAAUGAUCUGGAC